AUGUUUACCCUAAAAAACUUGCUUUGGGCUCUGCUUGGGGUUUCAGUCUUAUUUUUCGUGGCAAUUAAUAUUCUCUCAACAAAUAUCAAAGAGCCUGCUAAAUUUAUGGAGUUUUUGCCUGAUGCUCCUUUAAUUCCUCUUCAACAUGACAGAAUUAUUGCAAUUGGUGAUCUUCAUGGGGAUUAUCGUGCAUUUUUAGACAUUCUUGAUUUUACAGAUUGAAGAGAUGGAGAUACGCUGAUACAGCUGGGAGAUCUUCUUGACAAAGGAGAUGAGGCUAAAAAUCUGCUUGAUUAUUAGAUUAAAAGAAUUUCACAUACUUUUUACUAGACAAAUUAUUUUAUUUAUGCAAAAAUAGCCAGUAAAUCAUAUAUUACUAACUCCCCCCCCCCUCCGUGAGUGAACAAAACCAUUAGAAAAAUCGCUAUUUUUUGCCCAAAACCCCGCCCUCCGUGAGUGAACAAAAAUUUUUUUUAAUACAAAAAUUUUUUAUGGAAAAAAAAAUUGAUAUAUAAAUGAUAAUUAGUAAUAUGAAAUCUAGAGCUAAUUCUGUUUAAUUUUAAACAAAUUACUUUUUAAAACAUAAAUUUUAUAAAUUAAAUUAAUAUUUGCUUUCCAAUUUUUGCAAAUUAGGAUUUUUUUAAAUUUCGAAAAAAAUAUUUUUUAUAAAAUUUAUAUAUAAUUUUUUUUUAAAAAAAAAAAAUUAACCCCCUCCGUGAGUGAACAAAAUUUUUUUGUUCACUCGCGGAGGGGGGGGAGUAAGUUAAAUGCUUAGCCAUUAUUUCGUAAAAAAUCAUAAUAGAAGAGUCAAACUUUUAUUAGGAAACCACGAAGAACUAAAUUUAGUUCAAAACUUUAAAUAUGCAACUGAUAAAGACACCCAAGCUUUCGGUGGCUUAUCUAAACGUAAAGAGCUUUUUAUGGAAAGAGAUCAUUAUGGGUCAUUUCUUAUCAAUAGAAAUUUAGCAGAAAAAAUCGGGGAUAUUGUGUUUGUGCAUGGAGGAAUUUCUGAAGAAAUUUUAACCAAAUUUGGCUCUAUAGAAGAAAUUAAUCGUGCAUCAAGAGACAACCCUCCUGAUAGAAAUGUGUUGUGAAGCAAAGGUGGCCCUAUGUGGUUUGGAAAGUAUGCGAGAGAGCAGGAAAAAUGAAUUUGUGACGAGCUGAAAUUUGUACUGAAAAAACUAGAUGCGAAAUUUAUGGUGAUGGGGCAUUUUGAGUAUAAAGAAAUCACAAUGAGAUGCAGCGGCAAGGCAAUUUUUAUUGAUACAGGGAUUAGUAAAGCUGUUAAUGGAAUAAAAUCAGCAAUUGAAAUAUUGCAAGUUGAUGGAAAUACAAUGAGUAUAAAAGCUAUAUACGAAGAUAGCGAAGAAAUUAUCCCCCUGUGUAUAAAUCUACUUCAAUAAUUUUUAUAUUUUUUAUAUAAAAACAAAUUUUUCAGCUUCUUAACUCCUUGCAAAUUCAUUUUGAUCGAUAUAUAUUUGAAAAUAAACUAGAUUAA